AAAACAUUGGUAAACUGUUUUUCUCCGCGUAACUUCAUAUUUCAAGCAUCGUCUUUGGCCAAGUCUUUGGCAGAUAUACUUGCGUUAAAUACCUGCACCAAUAUUUUUACAGUAGGAUAUAUUGUAUGAAUAUGUCUGUAACGCUGCACACAGAUGUGGGUGAAAUCAAAUUGGAGCUAUUCUGCGAAGAGUGUCCCAAAACUUGUGAAAACUUUCUUGCUUUGUGCGCAAGUGAUUACUAUAAUGGUUGCAUAUUCCAUCGAAAUAUAAAAGGAUUCAUCGUGCAAACAGGCGAUCCCGCAGGUACCGGCAAAGGAGGACAGUCAAUUUGGGGCCGCAAGUUUGAGGACGAGUUUAAAGAAAAUUUGAAACACAACGAAAGGGGUAUGAUUUCGAUGGCCAACAGUGGACCGAACACAAAUGCUAGCCAAUUCUUUAUCACUUAUGCUGCCCAACCGGCACUAGAUCUGAAGUAUACGUUGUUUGGAAAAGUCAUCGACGGUUUCGAAGCAUUGGACGAGCUGGAAAAGCUAGCAGUCAAUCCGAAAACGUAUCGACCAGUUUCAGAGAAAAGAAUAAACAGUAUUACAAUACACGCCAAUCCUAUAGCAGGAUAAUAUACUAUUUCUGCAUUAUUUUUAUUUGCUAAUGGCUAUUUUAUAAAUAUAUAAAAUAUUACGAAUACAUAUCCACAAAGAUAUGAUAUUUUAUAUAGAUGAAACCAAUCGAAUUAUAUCUAAUACACUAAAAGCAAAUAAUUAAAAAGAAACUGCUAUACAGAUUUCAA